UGCUCCAAUCCACCUGAUUCCCCCUGGCUCUCUCUGUGUCUCUCUCUGUCUGUCUCCCUCUCCCCCUCCCUUCUCCUCUCUCACUCACUCUUCCUUCCUCUCUCCCCCCCUCUCCCUUUCUCUCUCUCUCUCUCUCCCUUUCACUCUCUCUCCCUCCUUCCCUCCCUCCCUCUCUGUACUGGCAGGGGGGGUAGUACGGCAGACGUGGUCGUAUCUGCUGCCACAUUUCUAUUUUUCCUUGGAAAGGUGAACGACAUGGAAAGGAGUUCUCUCUUUGUAGCACUAUGCUGAGAUCCCGGGCAGCCUUCUCACCAUGCUGGAACUGGGCUCCUCUUCAGUCAGCUCUCAGUCUCUGACAGGGGACCACAAUGCUUUGGGACUACCUAGAGCCCCAGUGGGGCCGGAGUGUCCAGUGGUUGGUCUGGGCAUUGGGACAAUGUGCGGUAGCAGCACCCCAAGGCACCACGUCCUUCCCUCGUCCCCAGUGGACUGUGAGAACUGGCAGAAGCAUCGCGCAGGACUGGCCCGAGGCUCGAGCCUGUUUUCAGAGUCCCACUCCCUCCUGGAGCCCCAAAGUCUCUCGACCAGCUAUGACACCCUCUACCUCCCACACAUGUCUGGCCAAGCUCCUCUUCUACAUCCAAACCGUCUUGGCCUGUCUCUUGAUGUUGGGUCAACGUUUGAAGUUGGAGGGGGAAUGCUGGGGGUGGAUGGAGAUUUGGCGGUCAGUCCCAAUGUGAUCAAGAGACGCCGGGGUGGCCUGAUCGAGCAGAAGGACAUCGUCAAAGCCCACCAGGCUCAUAAAAUUCAAAGCACACCUCAGGCACGACGCAAGGAGUGGGAGAUGGCCCGCUUUGGAGACGACGUCCCGGGCUUGCUGGGCUCCGGGGAUGGAGGGUCCGAGCGCAACAGGAACCGCGACGGAGCGGCCGUGUCCACAGGUGGCAUCUCCCCAGCCUUCAAGCAGACCAAAGCGCAGCGUGCCCGCACCAUGGCCCUGUACAACCCCAUCCCGGUCAGGGAGAACUGCUUCACCGUCAACAGGUCCCUCUUCAUCUUCGGCGAGGACAACGUGGUCAGGAAGUACGCCAAGAAAAUCAUUGAGUGGCCUCCGUUUGAGUACAUGAUCCUCACCACCAUCAUCGCCAACUGUAUCGUCCUGGCUCUGGAGCAGCACCUUCCUGGAGAGGACAAAACUCCCAUGUCUAAGAGACUGGAGAAAACAGAGCCGUACUUCAUCGGGAUGUUCUGUUUUGAAGCCGGGAUAAAGAUCAUCGCCCUCGGCUUUGUUUUUCAUAAAGGCUCUUACCUGAGGAACGGAUGGAACGUCAUGGACUUCAUUGUGGUCCUCAGUGGGAUCCUGGCUGCAGCGGGGGCACACAUGAACAUCUCAGUGGACCUGCGGACCCUGAGGGCGGUGCGAGUGCUCCGACCCCUCAAGCUGGUCUCAGGCAUUCCCAGUCUGCAGAUAGUCCUGAAGUCGAUCAUGAAGGCCAUGGUUCCUCUGCUGCAGAUCGGCCUGCUGCUCUUUUUUGCGAUACUCAUGUUUGCCAUAAUCGGCCUGGAGUUCUACAGCGGCAAACUGCACCGCACCUGCAAACCACUGCCAGGAAUACUUGCAAAUCAGACAGUUGACCCCUCUGAGGUGGAGUUCCCGUGUGGCGUGCGUCAGUGUCCCGCUGGCUACAACUGCAGCGAUAGGUGGAUCGGCCCUAAUUACGGCAUCACUCAGUUUGACAACAUCCUGUUCGCCGUUCUCACUGUCUUCCAGUGCAUCACCAUGGAGGGAUGGACCACUGUACUCUACAAUACCGACGAUGCCUUGGGCCCCAACUGGAACUGGCUCUACUUCAUCCCCCUCAUCAUCAUCGGAUCUUUCUUUGUCCUCAACCUGGUGCUGGGAGUCCUCUCUGGGGAAUUUGCCAAGGAGAGGGAGAGGGUGGAAAACCGCAGGGCCUUCAUGAAGCUAAGACGCCAGCAGCAGAUUGAGAGAGAGCUCAACGGCUACCGGGCCUGGAUCGACCGAGCAGAGGAAGUGAUGCUUGCCGAGGAGAAUAAGAAUGCAGGACCUUCUGCCCUUGAUGCUCUCAGGAGGCUCCCAGAGUGGAGUACAGGUGGUGCCUAUGUGUUGAAGAGAGCCACCACCAUCAAGAGGAGAGGGGUGGACGUGGGGCAUCGAGGGCAACCAGGGGAGGAACAAUAUGGUGACAUCUCCUCCGUGGGCAUCCCCAUGGCCAGAGCAAGUAUCAGGAGUGCCAGGCGCGGUCCGACAGCAUAUUUUCGCCGCAAGGAGCGUCUCCUGCGCAUAUCCAUCCGCCGCGUGGUGAAGACACACACUUUCUACUGGACAGUGCUGGGCCUGGUGGCUCUCAACACGCUGUGUGUCGCGAUUGUUCAUCACAACCAGCCCCCCUGGCUGUCUGACUUUCUUUAUUAUGCAGAGUUCCUGUUCCUCGCUCUGUUCCUGACUGAGAUGUUUCUGAAGAUGUACAGCCUGGGACCGCGUCUCUACUUCCACUCUUCCUUCAACUGCUUUGACUGCAGUGUGAUCGUUGGCAGCAUCUUUGAAGUUCUGUGGGGUUUCUUCAGGCCUGGCACUUCCUUUGGCAUCAGUGUCCUGCGUGCUCUCCGUCUGCUGAGGAUCUUCAAGAUCACCAAGUACUGGGCGUCUCUGAGAAACCUGGUCGUCUCUCUGAUGAACUCCAUGAAGUCCAUCAUCUCCCUCAUCUUCCUCCUCUUCCUCUUCAUCGUUGUCUUUGCACUCCUUGGCAUGCAGCUCUUUGGCGGCAGGUUCAUCUUCGAUGACCCAGAUGACAUGUUUGUCGACUACAUCUCUGAUGACUACACUCCCACGAACUUCGACACCUUCCCUGCAGCGAUCAUGACCGUCUUUCAGAUCCUCACUGGAGAGGACUGGAACGAGGUAAUGUACAAUGGUAUUCGCUCUCAGGGAGGAGUGAAGUCUGGCAUGUGGUCUUCAAUCUACUUUAUAGUGCUUACACUAUUUGGAAACUACACUUUGCUGAACGUCUUCUUGGCCAUUGCCGUGGAUAACCUUGCCAAUGCACAAGAGCUCACCAAGGAUGAAGAGGAGGCAGAGGCAGCGUUCAACCAGAAGCACGCUCUGCAGAAGGCCAAGGAGGUCGGCCCGCUGUCCUCCUUCAUGUCUUCAGAGGGAAGCCGGAGGAGGCGGCCCUACCUGUACAGGAAAAGAGCCAUCCACCGCAGUCGGCCCACCUACUCCUGCUCUCUGGAGGAGACCCAGGGCAGCAUCAGGGAGGGCCGCCCACCCCCACCACUCAACCCCUCUAACUCUUUCAUGUCCAGGAGGGAGAGGAGAAAAAGGAUGACCAUGUCAGUCUGGGAGCAGAGGACCAGCCAGCUGCGGAGACAUCGCCAGAUGUCCAGCCGGGAGAUCCUGUUCAGCAACCCGAGUGAGGAGAAGGACGGGCCGCCUGUUUCAGCCCAGCAUGGACAUCCCCUGUCGCUGCACCGCAAGGUCAUGGAGCACACGCCAUCUGGGAGUAUGAAGCGGGCAAUGGACCCCUUAGCCUCUCCAGUGAAACACCAGGCUUCAGGCUCCUCAGUGUCUGUGGAUAUUCCUCUGGAUGCCGUCCUCUCUGGUGACAUACCCGAACCACCAGUGUCAGUGAUGGUCCCAGAUCUCUUGGAUCCUACGAGCGUACAACUUCCUUCUGUGUCCAUGGCGGAGCCCAUUGCUGAGAGCGGCAAAUUGGAUGUUAAUCAGAGCCACAGCAGCGAGCGCCGGAGCCCCCGAUUGAAUGGAGAGCGUCAACACAGGGCAGUCAAAAAGUUCCGACCACCAGAUAACCUCGACACACUGACUCCUGAGAUGGGAGGUCACAGUGGGAUUAAGGGCAGGAGGGCGCUGCGUCACUGUGACCAUCAGAGCGGAGCCAGAAGCCAGGGGUCAUCACCUGGGAACGGAAGCCACUUAUUGAGUCGCUCGGUCAGCAGAGAGAGGACAAGAAAUCCGGGGCAAGAGGAAGAGAAAAAAGCAGAGGCCAAACAGGAGGACGAGGUGUCCAAACCUGAUGGAAGCAGACAGGGUGACAGGAGUGAAGGAGGAGACACUGACCCACCAGAUGACCAGAGCCACGUUGGUGACGAGAAGCAGGUAGACACUCCUCAGCAGUCAGACCAGUCUCCAGCUGCAGUCCUGGACAGCAGCAAAGAGGACAAUGAGACAGAACAGGACCAGGAUAAAUCUCAGCUCAGCUCCAGUGUGAUCAUCGAGGUGCCCAACGUUCAGUCAUCUCUGGAGCUCUCCACGAUCACAGUCAACAGUAAGGACCCCGAAACCUGUAAGUCAGAGAAAGAGGAGGCCGAGGAGACAAAGCCUGUCAACGCUGUGACUCCAGACAGCAUGUUCAUCUUCAAGCCUGACAACCCGGUGCGUCGAGCGUGUCACUACGUGGUGAACCUCCGGUACUUUGAAAUGUCCAUCCUGCUGGUCAUAGCUGCUAGUAGCAUAGCACUGGCUGCUGAGGACCCUGUCGCCACCUCCUCUGACUGGAAUAAGGUUCUGCGGUAUUUUGAUUAUGUGUUUACUGGAGUCUUCACAUUUGAAAUGAUUAUAAAGAUGAUCGACCAGGGUCUGAUCCUCCAUGAUGGCUCCUACUUCAGAGACCUGUGGAACAUCCUGGACUUCAUCGUCGUGGUGGGAGCACUGGUGGCCUUCGCCCUCUCCAAUGUGAUGGGAAAUAACAAAGGACGGGACAUUAAGACCAUCAAAUCUCUGAGAGUGCUGCGAGUCCUCAGACCCCUGAAGACCAUCAAGAGGCUUCCUAAACUCAAGGCGGUGUUCGACUGCGUGGUGACGUCUCUGAAGAACGUCUUCAACAUCUUGAUCGUCUACAAGCUCUUCAUGUUCAUCUUUGCCGUCAUCGCCGUGCAGCUCUUCAAGGGGAAGUUUUUCUACUGCACUGACAGCUCCAAGGACACAGAGAAGGACUGCCAGGGCUACUACAUCAUUUUCGGGAGGGACAAGAAGGAGAUGAAGAGGAGAGAGUGGAAGAGACACGAGUUUCACUACGACAACGUCAUCUGGGCUCUGCUCACUCUCUUCACUGUCUCCACAGGAGAGGGGUGGCCUCAGGUUCUGCAGCACUCGGUGGAUGUGACGGAGGAGGACAGAGGCCCGAGCCACGGCAACAGGAUGGAGAUGUCCAUCUUCUACGUCAUCUACUUUGUCGUCUUUCCCUUCUUCUUCGUCAACAUCUUCGUGGCUCUCAUCAUCAUCACCUUCCAGGAACAGGGGGAUAAGAUGAUGGAGGAGUGCAGCCUGGAAAAGAAUGAGCGGGCGUGCAUUGACUUCGCCAUCAGCGCCAAGCCUCUGACCCGUUACAUGCCCCAGAACCGGCACACGUUCCAGUACCGCCUGUGGCAUUUUGUGGUGUCGCCCUCUUUUGAGUACACCGUCCUCGCCAUGAUCGCUCUCAACACCAUUGUACUGAUGAUGAAGUAUUACUCUGCCCCGCCGGCAUACGACUCCGUACUGAAGCACCUGAACACGGCGUUCACUGUUCUCUUCUCUGUUGAGUGUGUCCUCAAGAUCUUGGCCUUCGGCUUUCUGAACUACUUUCGAGACACGUGGAACAUUUUUGACUUCAUCACUGUUUUGGGCAGCAUCACAGAGAUCGUGGUAGACCUGCAGUUUGUUGAUACGUUCAACAUGAGCUUUUUGAAGCUCUUCCGAGCAGCUCGUCUCAUCAAACUUCUGAGGCAAGGUUACACCAUCCGAAUUCUCCUGUGGACCUUCGUCCAGUCCUUCAAGGCUUUGCCGUACGUCUGCCUGCUCAUCGCCAUGCUCUUCUUCAUCUAUGCCAUCAUUGGGAUGCAGGUGUUUGGAAACAUUAAGCUGAAUGACAAGACUCACAUUACCCAGCACAACAACUUCAAGACCUUCUCUGGCGCUCUCAUGCUGCUCUUCAGGAGUGCCACAGGGGAGUCGUGGCAGGAGAUCAUGUUGUCCUGUCUCGGGGGACAGAAGUGUGAGAAGGACCCAGCGGUAACAGAGUCGUUGCCAGACGGGGGCUGUGGCUCCGACUUCGCCUAUUUCUACUUUGUUUCAUUCAUCUUCUUCAGCUCCUUCCUGAUGCUGAACCUUUUUGUGGCCGUGAUCAUGGACAACUUUGAAUAUCUGACCAGAGACUCGUCCAUCUUGGGUCCACACCACCUGGAUGAGUUCGUCCGGAUCUGGGGGGAGUAUGACCGUGCCGCCUGUGGUCGUAUCCAUUACACUGACAUGUAUGAGAUGUUGACCAACAUGUCGCCACCUCUAGGCCUGGGCAAGAAAUGCCCCUCCAAGUUGGCAUAUAAGAGACUCGUCCUGAUGAACAUGCCCGUGGACGAGGACAUGGCUGUUCACUUCACCUCCACCCUCAUGGCCCUCAUCCGCACUGCCCUGGAGAUCAAGAUUGCCAGAGGAGGGGAGGACAGAAAUCAGAUGGACCUGGACCUGCAGAAGGAGAUCAGUGUCAUCUGGCCUCAUCUCUCUCAGAAGUCGUUAGAGCUGCUGGUUCCCAUUAACAAAGCCAGUGACAUGACCAUUGGGAAGAUCUACGCCGCCAUGAUGAUCAUGGACUACUACAAGCAGAGCAAAGCCAAGAAGCUCCGACAGCAACUGGAGGAGCAGAAACACGCUCCUAUGUUCCAGCGUAUGGAUGCCUCCUCUCUGCCUCAAGAAAUCCUAUGCAACGCCAAAUCCCUUUCAUUCCUCAGGCACAGUGCCGGAUCUGCUCUCACCAGAGGAGGUUUUGUGGCACUCAGCCCGAUUUCUCCCCAAGAGAUGUUCCUGCAGCCGCUGUCUCGCUCCAGGGAGGAGAAGGAGGAGGAGGAGGAGGAGGACGGCGACGAGUACCAUUCACCCUACCACCCAUACCACCGCCCACAUCACCACCACCAUCAUUUACACACACUGGUGCCAGAUGUAGUGGAGUAUAACCAAGUGAUGCAGCAGGCGAGACAGGACCAAACAGCUAUUAAAUCACCUCAGCGGACAGCGUCUAUCAGAGCGUCCUCCAUGCCCAGGCUGGCUGUUGAUCCACAGCCUGGGCUGUCAGCAGACAGUAAGCUGAUGAAGCGCUCCUUCUCCACCAUCGGAGACCAGUGUGUGAACGGCCUUUGGCAGGAGCAGCACUCUCUGGAGAGAGUCAGUCCUGACGACACAUACAGGCCACGGCAGAGGAGCUACAGAGGUCCGAGAAUCAACCACAGAGAAACAAGCAGCCAUGAGAGAGGGCGGUCUAAGGAGCGGCGCCACCUCCUGUCUCCUGAUGUGUCCCGCUGCAACUCUGAGGAGCGCAGCCGGGAUCCAUCGUGUGAAAGGAGAGAGUCCCGUUCACCGAGCGAGGGACGAGCGAGCACCUUACAGAAACAGGUGAACACAUCAGACAGCCCUGCCCAUUCAGCCUCAGAGUCCAGUACUCCUCGUAAUCGACGCCAGCUGCCACAGACACCAUCUCGCCCGCGGCCGUACAUCUCCUACUCCCCGCUGGUCUGCCGAGCCCACACCUCUCCCACACCGAUGAGCUCCUCUGAUGGACAGACUCAGCCUCAGGACGGCCCUAGUGUCUCCACGGAGACCUCGUGGAGGGCUGACAAGGAAGGCCUGGGCUCAUCCGGAGGUCAGGGCAACCCAUCUCCUCACCGCUACAUCUCAGAGCCCUACCUCCCAUUCCACGAGGACGUCGGCACCGGAGAGGCAGGCGACGGGCAAGACACCCUCACUUUUGAGACUGCCAUGGCGACCAGCCUGGGCAGGGCCAACGCCAUAAGCUCGGCCCCUCAGCUCAGACACUCCUGGCAGGUUCCUAACGGGCAUUUUCGGAAGCAUUUGGGCCAGGCGACUGGGACCGGAGCCAGCGAGCUGCUAAGUGACACGGACGAGGAUGACCGCUGCUAAAACCAGAGAUGAAGAGGAUGCACGGGGAGACGUCAGAGAAGCUCCACGUGGCGUCAAAAGGCUUCCGCUCCUGAGAACUUGUAUUCUCAGUACCAGUAGCAUAACAGGCAGGACUGAACACUAUUUACCUGGAUACCUGGGUGUCUGUCUGCAACGUGUUCUUGUGUGUGGUGUGUUCGUUGGAGCUGGAGGGAGGCUACGUGCGUGCACGUGGGUGUGUGUUUAGGUGUGCGUGUGCUCUCAAUAGAGAAAAUUUGCCAAAUCAAGACAGCAGCAGAGACUGACUGUUCUAUAAGUAGAUCACCGCAGGCAAGUGUGGCCAAGCCUUCCCACACGCGUUAGUGUUUUGAUUGUUUUUUUUGUUUGUUUUUUUUUUGAACAAAAUGUUGGUGAAGACAUCGAACCGAGGUGAAUCCAAGAAACUGAUAUAAGUGCAUUUUGUGUAGGUGAACAUAGAGGUAGCAUGUAACAAUGUAAUACAAUGAAUGUAUUAUAGCUUUUGGUUCUUACGUUCUGGUCAUUUGAGAGGGUUGCUGUUAGUCUUUGCUGUGGAUAGUCGUAAGAGUAGCAGUGAAACACGGGUUGAUUCAGAUUUACAGCCAGUCCACACACAGACCCUGUUUACAACAAGAGAAUCCACAAGGUUCAUGGGCAUUAAAAGUCACCAGUCAAUAAACAGUCAAUACAGGAAAUCAAGUUCCAUACCUUAAAAUGAGCAGAACCUCUUGUGACAUUUUUUUUUCUGUCCCCAUGUGAAAACAACAACAGUGCAACUUCACCUUGGUGGUCGGUGGUGAUGAGAUGUUUUGUCUCAGGAUACUGAAACAGCAAGUGUGUAAUAUAUUAUCCUCUAAAAUGUUGUUCAUCUGCAACCCAAAAUGAAGAAAAUCAGAGGGACCGAGUCAGUCAGCAUGAUAUCAACUUGAUGAGACCAUCACAAGGACUGAACAAGAGGGGAUAUCACACGAACAGGCCUGGUGGUCUGCAUCUGCUUUGUUGAAGGCAAGCGGAUGUUCACGCUUCACAUUUCUAUCUAUAUUGUGUCAUAGAGGUGACUAAAGCCAUUUUCUUCCCGGUACACAAAGCCGGGGAUUUGUCGUCUUCAGGAUGUUUUGCCUUCUUUCACGUGAUGACGGAAUGACGAGUCCUUUAUACGUGUGAUGCAACAUGGACGCUUUUACAAAAUAGGAAUCACAGGCGCAGUAUGUUUUGUCGAUACCUUAACUGCCACAUAAGUUCUGUCACAUUGAAGCCGAUGUUUUGGUCAGUGGGAACAAGCAUUUCGGUAUUUUCUGUGCUCCAGAGUUACAGUAUUUUUUCCACAUGCAUGAUCACGGUGACGACAGAUACAGUAUGUGAGAGAAAAGUGUCUUAGAGCCACCUGAUUGUUCUAAUUUUAAUGAACCAUUACAUUGAACAGGAUUUAAAACCACUUCACCGACAGAGAUGAUGCUUUUCCAGUCCCAGCAUUCACUGUCUGUAUUUUUGAACAUUCCAACUUUCCACCAUUUGUUGUUCCCCCUCUUAAAUAAGAUGUAUAUUUAUAUCAUGUGCUGUUGUGUUAAUGUAAUAUGUUGAGUUUGACAUGUUUCUGAAAUGUGAACACAGGACAUAUCUGGGCUGAGGAUCCGCAGGCCAGAAGAUGGUCACGCUCACCUGCUGGAGCCCCGAACAGAAAGUCCUGGACUGAAAAAAAAAUGGGUUUUUUUGUUUUGUUUUGUUUUUUUAGCAGAGAAACCCUCUUUGAAGUGUGUUGACUGCAAGGUUGGAUCCAUACAGUACAAAGAUUAGGUUAAGGCUUCAGCCUGUAGUUUAUAGGACUGUGCUUAAGGUGAACACUGCAGCCUAGGACUUAACCUCAGUGUCCGUCUCUGUACAGAACAGCCUAAUCUGUGCCUGGGGAAGCUCACCUCAACGGGUUCCCCAUCAAGGCUGGAUUUCAUAGAUAGAGAAGCUUUCUGGUAAAUAUGUAGUAUAAAAUGUACAAAAUAAAUCCAUGUUUAAUUUAUUGCAUCGUUUAUAUUUGAUUUGAAUCAUGAUGCCUGUCUAUGACUAACAAAAGAAGUGUUUACAUAUCUGUUCAAAGGACCAUUAAAGAGAGAUCACUUGUC